CGAACCCACUUCGCUCUUCGUGUGCUGCUAUACCCGCUUCAGGACCGCCGGACCUCCAAAUGUUACCUAUCUUUCACUACUCAUCUUCGAGCAUCGUUCCGAGGAUUGAAUACCAUAUUGACACUCCCCGUUUACUGUCUCUUGUUAUUAAAACAUAUUUCGGGGCGCGCGGGAGUUGUCGGACUAUUGUGCGCAUCUUUUAGUCGGGGUGUAGCCGUUGCUAUUGUCAUUCUCUGCCCGUCUUGCCCUUGGGCUGAGCUAUCUUAACUCUGGACCGGCCCACCGCUACACCGUCCGCCCGCCCAGCUAUCUCGUCGCCCAGCAUGAGCUCGCGAGAACCGCCUGUCGAUCCCCACGCCUACGUAGAGCUCGCAGUCGUGGAACGCGAGGCCGCCGAGGAGCAGACCGGAAGACCUGAAGCCCCCGAAGAGCAGACGGCGAGGCCGGAGGAUCCUGAAAACGGAGACCCGGCUACGACACCUCAAUGCCCCGGCCUUCCAAGCCCUGGCGGUGUGCCGGGUCCUCCACCAAACCCGGGGCCCGCAGCAGCACCAACUCUCGCGCCGGGGCUACCACUCCCCCCUGCUUUCGUAAACCAGGCCGAUUUUAUGGCUCGCCAAGAAAGGAUUCUCAAGAGGCUGGAUGCUUCACUUAUGCCGUUCCUUUCCGUUGUGUACAUCUGCAUGCAGUUGGACCGUAUACUUUUCGCACUCCACAAGCCGAGUUUCACCCGGGAGCUAGGCCUCACCGAAGAUCAGUACAAGUACACUGCGAUAGCCCAGGAAACCGGCCUCGCCGUGUUGCAAGUCCCGUCGGCGCUUCUUACGAAUCACCUCAACCGUCCGAAGAUCUUUCUGUGCUUUGCCCUGGCGGCUUGGUCAGCAGUCCAGCUAUGUUCGCCGUUUGUUAUCAAUUUUGUUGGCCUCAUCAUCUGUCGCUCGAUGAUCGGCAUCCUGGAAUCGGCAUUAUGCCCGGCAACUUUCCACUUCAUGACCUCGUUUGGUUGUGUUACUCGUCCCUGCCCGGCUUCCCUCGAUCGACCGACUAGCUUUCGGACGAGGAGCGUCAGAUCGUAUUGUACCGGCUAUCGAAUGACUACGGCUGGUCUCGCUUUAACGACUACGAAAAAAAGGAUGACGCUAUUCAAGGGCUGAUAUCAGCCUUGUUAGACUACAAAAUAUGGAUUCUGGUGCUCUACGUAGUCGCAGCCAUCGCGGGCAAUUUAUGCGUCAGAAACGGCCGAAGGAGAGCUG